CGUGCAGGGCCGGUGCAGCGGUGUUUAUGUCGUGUUGAAGGAUCGGUUUCCUGGUUGGGUGAGCUCGGCUGCUGAGUGAGAGUGCGGAGCUGAGGAGCAUGGCUGACGGGAGCUGCUUGGGCUCAGGGCCUCAGUUGGGACUGAUUGCUCUGCUCGUAGUGUUGCUGUUUAGUGCAGUUCCCCUCGCUCAGAGCAGAGAGCUCCGCUUUGUUACUCUGGUUUACCGUCAUGGUGAUCGGUCCCCAGUACAUGGAUAUCCAACGGAUGUGCACAAGGAGAGUGUCUGGCCGCAAGGUUAUGGACAGCUCACACAGGUUGGAAUGAAGCAGCACUGGGACCUCGGACAAGAACUUCGUGCUCGCUAUAAAGGCUUCCUUAAUGAGUCCUAUAACCGACACGAGAUUUAUGUACGGAGCACGGACGUUGAUCGCACAUUGAUGAGCGCAGAGGCCAACCUGGCUGGUCUGUACCCGCCGGAAGGUCCCCAAAUCUUCAAUCCAAAUAUUACCUGGCAGCCAAUCCCAAUACACACCAUACCAGAAUCUGAGGACCAACUUCUAAAGUUCCCAAUAUCCCCUUGUCCUGCAUAUGUGAAGCUGCAGGAGGAGACGCGCCAGUCUGCUGAAUACAUCAAUAUGACCACAACCUACAAGGCUUUCCUUCAGAUGGUGGCGAACAAGACCGGCUUAUCGGACUGCACUCUUGAAUCUGUGUGGUCUGUCUAUGACACCCUGUUCUGUGAGAAAACGCACAACUUUUCUCUUCCAACCUGGGCAACUGCCGACGUCCUAUCCAAACUGAACAAACUAAAGGAUUUCAGCUUUGUCUUCCUAUUUGGGGUCCAUGAGCGCGUCAAGAAGGCUCGUUUGCAAGGAGGUGUGUUAGUGGAUCAGAUUCUGAAGAACAUGACGGCAGCAGCGAAUAAUGCCUCCAACGGCCUUAAACUUCUUGCAUAUUCUGCUCAUGACAGCACCCUGGGAGCGCUACAGCUGGCUCUUGAUGUCUAUAAUGGAAAACAAGCCCCUUAUGCCUCCUGCCAUAUUUUUGAACUCUACAAGGAAGAUUCUGGGAACUUCACAGUGCAGAUGUAUUUUAGGAACGAAAGCGGUAAAACACCGUAUCCAGUGUCUCUGCCAGGUUGCGCCCAUGCCUGCCCUUUGCAAGACUUCCAGUCCUUGCUGCAGCCUAUUCUCGCCCAAGACUGGGAAGAAGAGUGUCAGACCACAAGUUUCAUAAUGACCGAAGAAACGAUCAUUGGUCUGACUAUAGGCGCAAUCGCCCUUUUCAUCAUCAUCGUCGUCCUGAUGCUCUUGUCGUGCAACGAGCCGAAAGACGACGGAUACCAGCACGUCUCGGACGAGGGAGACGACCACGAAACGAAAGGCUUGGCAAUGUGACUUUUAUCAUCGCGAACAUUUGGUUUUUAUAGUUAGAAUUUUAGCCUUUUAAUUGGUUUGUUAAAACAUAAGGUACGCGUGUGUGUGUUAAGACACAUAAAGGGAUUACAGCAACGGAUCAGUGCAAUAUUCACCCUCGAAUCAAUAACCCCAAUUGCAAUUCAGAUCAGAUGCCAUGAAUUCUGUCUAUAUACCGUGGCGCUGCAAUAACUGACAAGGCAUUGUUCAGGUUACGGAGAGAAUUUAGAAUGGUGCUUAUUCAGCUGGCUGGGCCAUACACAAUAAUAGCAGUUUUGCGCAAUCUCUUCUCUGUGCUGGCUGCAGAGGAAGGACCCAAACCCUAAUACAAGUAGAGGGGUACAGUAGAGCUGUCUCCCCUACCAUUACAGUCUCCCAUUUCCCUUUGCUACACCGACUAAAUGACUGGGACUAGGGCAGCUUGCCUGUUACCAAUGGCUGAAGGGGACAACUGUGCCCAAAGGCACUACCCCUCCUCAUACAGUGACGAGCAACCGUCAUAGAGCCAGUCACCAACACCACUGUUUUUAAAUACCUGCCCAUGGGGUGGAAUUGAUGUUGCAAAUGCUGCUUUUCAACAGGAUGUAAAAGGAAAUAGUCAUUUUUGUUUGUUCCCCCCAGACCUGCUGGGGAAUCACUUUCUUUUUGAAAAGGGACAUUUUAACAAGUAUGUUUAAAGUUUAAUGUACCAGUGCAUUAUACUCAUUUAGAUAUAGAAUAAUUGUGCUUUAAAAAGUAGUGUUUCAGGCUGAUUUAUUGAAUAUUUCUGCAAAAACCCUAAUAAUCCUUCCCACUUCCUGCUCCCUCAAUUUCCAGGCUGUGCAGGGGAGCCGGCGGCUCUCAGCUCACUGCACUGUAGGACAAAAACCAAUCAGCAGCUAGCAGGACCUGAUAGGGAACUGAAGCCUGACUGUGCUCGUGUGACUGCAGGGUUGUGAUUGGCUGUCCCCUCCUACUGUGCUUCUGGCAGGGACCAUUAGGACACGCCCACCCCUCAUUUGAAACACAGACAGGGACCAGUGAACAUCUAUAGGGAGCUCCAAUAAAGGGGCUAUUCAUUUUUAGCACCAUGUAAAAGCAACACCAUAUAUUACUUAUAACUGCCUACAAAAUUAGGGUUUUUUCAUUUAUCCUAUAUGUCUCCUUUAAGGUAAAGGUUUUUGCGCUUGUUCAGUUAGGUGUACGUGAAAAAAGUGCAUCAGAAGUAUCUAAACAGCCCAUAAUAUUAUUUUUUUUUAGACAGAUGUAAACCGUUCCUUUAGAUUGAGCCGAAACCAUAAUGGUUUUCCCUUGACUCGCAAGGAUCCAUUUCCCCACCCCCAUUACGCUUGGAAUCAUUCAGCCACUUCCUCUCCUUGAAGUCUCUCUGCUUUCCAUAGUGGGCUGUGUACAAAUUCCCUAGAAAGCAGACGGACUUCAAGUCUCAAUUAAACAUGGAACAAGGAGUGGGAGUGGCUGAAUGACUGCCAGCUUGAUGACAGUGGGAGGAAAUGGUCCCUGCGAGUCAGCAGCAGACAAACAUCAUGGUUUCCUCUUAAUCAGGCGAUUCAUCUAUAUUUUUAGCAGUUUAGAAAGUGUUUCUGCACCUUUUUUUAAUCUGUUUUGCGAAUUUCCAACUGAAAGCAUUGGGUAUUUUUUUCCUUUAAAUGGCACAUGGGCACAGGCCUUACUGUAGCUUUUAAUCAUUCAGUAUUUUCGUUUUAAUUUAAUGCGCUCUAAAUGCAGGGGUUUUUUUUUCUGGGUUUCCACCAAAUCGUUUCAAGCCAAUCACUUGUCACCCUGAUUUAAAGAGAAAUGCUAUGGUUGGCUAGGAGAAAUCAAGGGGAAGUGCAGAGCUGUCGGCAAGGAAAGUGAUUGAACUUUGCAGUAAUUCCUUUUCCGUGAAUGACUGCAGUUACCCCAUAGGGAAAUGAACUGCCCAUUCCAAGUGCAAUUCACUCGUGCAGUUACAUUUCUGUGGCUGUGACUUUACUUGGUCUUUUAGCAUUUUUUUUAUGUGAAAUUUAAUGUGGCGGCGGUUGCAAGCUCAACUGUCCAGACAUCUUGACUGUUUCUUUGUUUUGCACUAUGAUUUUAGAGAUUUGUAAUUUAAGUUUUAUGAUUUGAAAUGUUAGAUUGUACCAAAUAAAGACGGCCCAGAGCCUUGAAUUCACUGCU